AUGCCGCAGCAACCAGAGAAGAAGCGGGGUCAACGGAAGAAGGGGGAGGCGGAGAAGAAGACUCUACCACCGAAGAAGGCAAUACUUAUGGUUGAGCGGCCGUCCAGGGAGAGGAACACAAUCGAGAGAACCAUGACCACCCCGCGCGAUCAGCCAACGACCGCGCGACCAGCCAGUGACCACGCAACUAGGCUCUCCGACCAAGCUCCGCAUCCAGUCUUCUCUGGUCACGAGACAGCAUCCACGCCCAACUCCAUUCCCCCUGAACCAGUUGGUUUCUACAAUGACAUUGGUGCAUCUGUAGAUAUCCUUCUUGAUACAAAAAAGGACCUAAAGAAAAAGGAGAAAGAACUUUUGGCUAAAGAGGCCGAGAUAAACAGGAGAGAACAGGAAAUAAAAAGAAGGAAAGUUCUUGCAAGAGCUGGAGUUUUUAUAGAGCCAAAAAAUUGGCCACCAUUCUUCCCCAUCAUCCAUGUUGACAUCUCAAACGAUAUACCUGUGCACUUGCAGAGAAUUCAGUAUGUUGCUUUUGCAUCAUUCCUAGGGUUGGUCAUAUGUCUCUUCUGGAACAUCAUAUGUACAAUUGCUGCUUGGAUUGCAGGGGCAAAUCCUAGGAUCCGGUUUUUGGCCAUCAUAUACUUCAUUACUGGAUGCCCAGGUGCCAACUAUUUAUGGUACCGACCUCGUUAUCGUGCUAUGAGGUACUAUAAUCGUGCUGAUCCUCUAAAUUAA